UAUUUGGAUUAGAAAAAGGUAGGAGGAAGAGAUAUCAGUUUCCUUUAUAAAUAAGGCAGCCUGUGAGCUCUGUUUUUCCCAAGCCAAUCUGAUCUUUCCCUUUUAUAAAACAACUAUUUCCACUCUGUUUUUCUUUUUCACACACCAAGAAAUCCUCAGAGCUAGAAAGAGAAAAACAGAGAGAAACACAAUAAACCAAACCAUGAACCACCAAGAAACUGAAGAGCAUCAAGCAGUACAAAUCUCUCAGUUGUACACUGAAUUAUACAUCCAAAUGGUACCCCAACAAGGUAAUUUGAGUGAGUCUAAACCCAGACGACGUCGUAAGAAGAACAGAGGAUCGGAAGCAGAGGCGGCGGCAGGGGGAAAAAAGAGGAAGCUCACGGCGGCGCAAGUUCUUCUUUUGGAAUCGAAUUUCGGGAGUGAACAUAAAUUGGAGUCGGAAAGAAAGGACCGUUUAGCGUCGGAGUUGGGGCUGGAUCCCCGGCAGGUGGCUGUCUGGUUUCAGAACCGCCGUGCACGGUGGAAGAACAAGAAACUUGAGGAGGAGUAUUCUAACUUGAAGAAGCUUCAUGAAUCCGUCGUCGUUGAAAAAUGCCGUCUAGAAACCGAGAUACUAAAGCUAAAAGAACAACUUUCAGAAGCAGAGAAAGAGAAAGAGAGGGUAAUAAUGGGAGAACGGGCCGAUGGGCCUUUAAGCAGCAGCAGCCCAAGCCCAUCAAUGUCAAUGGAUGCCGUGGACCCCACGUGCCUUGGAGAAAUUCCACCAUUAUAUGAAGAUGUGUUUUAUUACAUGCCUGAAAACUAUUGUAUUUAUGGCAUGGAAUGGCCUAAUCCCUACAUUUGAUCAUUCUUCCUUCUUUUAUGUAUUAUAAAAAUGUUUUUAUUACUCUUCCUUUUUUUUUUUUUUUCUUUUUCUUUUUCUUGGUAGAAAUCUUAUCAACCUAGUGUAAAUUCUAAAUUAAAUUUCCUUUUCACUU